AUGGCGUUAAUUAAUACCCCUUUUUUUUCCAGGCAAAUGUUUCCGCAAAUGAAAUUUCGAGUUUCGGGUCUCGAUGCCAAAGCCAAAUACAUUCUACUAUUAGACAUCGUCGCCGCCGAUGAUUAUAGAUACAAAUUUCACAACAGCCGGUGGAUGGUUGCUGGAAAAGCGGAUCCGGAAAUGCCAAAAAGAAUGUACAUUCAUCCGGAUUCGCCAUCAACUGGAGAACAAUGGAUGCAAAAA